CCUUCCUCCACUACCGGCGGAGAGCGGUAAAACCAAGAAACGAUUGUCCUUCAGAAUACCGGCAGAACACACUGAACGCAAGAAAAUCUUGUACUUAGUGUUUUCAGUGUAUCUUUCCCAUCAAAAUUUGUCUUCUAAUUUUGAUAUCAACUGUCAUGUAAAGGAUUUAUGAUGUGAGGUAUUUUAAACUGCAUGAGUACAGGUUAUGGCACCUUGACAGUUUGUUGAUGUAAACAAACAUACACAAAGCACAAGCACAAGAUGAAAUCAGCAUCAGACUUGCAAACGCCUGUGUUCAAGCAGCGUUAUGAAAAGAAGGUCAAUCGACAAGAUGGCCUUCUUCUUAAAGUUCACCAUACAACGCCAGGACCUACCGGAGACAUUCGUCGAACUCGUUUCCUGUUGGCAUCAUUUAGUUCUUGUGAUGAUUUGCUUGCCCUAGCUGACCACCGUGGGAACUUAUUCAUUGUAGAUCUUGGCAACUGCAUGUUCUGGCCUUUAGGAAAGGACUUUUCAGUCAGCCUCCUUUCAUUUCACCCGCAUAAAAAAGCUGAGCUGUUGGUUGGGAGCAAGGAACAAAAUUUGCAAAUUUUGAAUGUGGAGACCAACCAUCAGUUUGGUUCCCUUAUUGGACAUACUGAACCUCCCACUCAAGUUUCAUUUAGCUCUGAUGGAAACUUUUGUCUCUCUGUCGCAAGUUGUGAGGGAUUCAUCUGGGAUCUAAGGACCCUCACGCAAGCUCAUCGACUGAACUUGCAGCAUGGCAUGACAAUAAAGCAGGCUGUGUUUAUGCCUGUAUCUGACAACAUCCUUGCCUGCUUCCAAGAUGAUGCUAUCCAUAUUUGGGCCUUCCAAUCGUUUCAAUGUGUUAAACAAAUAGUUCCAGAUUCAUGGAAAGGACACAGCAUACAAAGCAUAGCAUUUACCAGGAAUGGGCGUGCCAUGGUUCUUGGGGGAGUCUCCCAGCAGUUAGUCAUCUUUGCAGUUGACGACUGGGAUGCCCAGGAAGUUCUUAGGCUUCCAGACUACGUCUCAGAAGUGAAACACCUAGAAUUCCUACCUCAGGCCUUUGACUCUGGUGCAAACCAAAUCCUUAUGGCCUUGACUGACUCUGGCUCCAUACUGCUUGUAGAUGUUGCUAGAAAUAAUGUCACAAAGUCAAAGACUGAAAACAAUAUAAGUAGUUUUACUUGCAGUCUGUCUGGAAAAUAUGUUGUCUGCAAUACAUCAUUCGGGGAAGCUAAAAUAUUUAGUGGUACUCAGUUCCUAACAAGCACAAUGAAUUGUGUUGACCAGGAGAGCUGUAUCCCUGAUGAUGAAGAGAAACCUAUUGAAAUUUCUGCUAACCCAGAACAGAAGUUUCAACCCAAGAAAGUGACAUUGAAAAAAAAAACAAAAGUUAGAAAAAAAAUUUCUGAAGUGAACCAACAGAUAGAAGCACUUCUUGAUGUAAAUCGCCUAAGACCCAUUUUGAAAGAAUACUUGAGCUACCCAGAUCAAUACCGAUGUCUCAUUUGGCGAUCCAUCCUCCAGCUUCCUGGCAACAAAGAGCCGUGGAAAAGCCUUUCAGAGAAACCACUCCAUCCAUCUGCUCAAGUUUUAUCUGAAAAGAACCCAAUUCAAAACAAAGUUGUAUUGAGUUGUUUGCAAAAUGUUGUUAGCUGUUUGGCUCAUUGGUCUCCUGUAUUUGGAGAACUACCAUAUCUUCCACAUUUUCUCUUCCCUUUUGUAAAGGUGUUCCAUUCCGACAAAUUCGUUUGCUUUGAGGUUGCAGCCACAAUUAUUGUUAACUGGUGCCAGCACUGGUUUGAAUAUCUCACCUUCCCACCCAUCAAUAUUCUUGGUAUGAUUGAGAACAUUCUAGUGGAACAUGAUUCAGGCCUGGUUGAUAUAUUUUCUCAUGCUGGGAUAACUACACGUCAGUAUGCGUGGAGUCUUCUCUCAACGGCAUUCUCUGAGGUACUGUCAUCUGCUCAGUGGAUGCAGCUAUGGGAUAACAUUAUCUCAAACCCGCCAGAGUUUCUAUUGUUUGCUGUUGUAGCCUAUAAUAUCUGCUGUCGGGCCUCUCUGAAAACAUGCUCCAAAAAGAAGGACUUUGAAUUCUUUUUUAGGAAUCAAAAUCCCAUUGACAUGAGGUACUUCUUGAAAAAGAGUUAUGAGUUAAUGGAAACAACGCCAGAACAGUAUCACCCCAAACAAUAUUUGAAGACAUUUUCUCCAUUGCCUAAAGGAAAUUAUCCUGUCUUCUCAGAAUUUCCAAAAUUCCUUGUCAAUUACCAAAAGGAGCAAAGGGAUGCCAUUCGACGAGAAGAAGAAAAUAUUCUUAAAGAACAACACUUGGUUAUUUCUCAAAAACUGGCUCGAGAGGAAAUAUUGGCAAGAGAGAGAAAAGCGCGGAUCCAAGAGACCCGUCUUCUUGAUGCUGAGAAGGCUGCCAACGCAGCACUAAAGGCUGAAGAAUCUAGACUACUUGAGAAAAGGCGACAACUAGCUGCAUUUCGCCGAGAGUUACGUGCUCAGGAGGAAGAAACUCUGGCAACAGCUAGAGUGGAGGCCAUGGAGCUUCAAGUUAAGCAGCGAACAGCAGAACUGGAUCGCCUCCAUCAUCAACUGAUUGAAAAGGCUCAACAGUCUGGUAUUGAUAGGGAGGGUCUUAACGAAGAAAUGCAUGAGCAAUUCAGUAGAUUAAAUGCAAAGAAACAAGACAUAAAACAGCAUUUUGAAGACUAUAAUCUACGCCAAAUGGCAAAGCCUUUCAUUGAUAAUAUUGUUUCAAGUGACGAGCUCUUACAUCUUAAGCAGCAGCAACAGCUUUUAAGUGAAGAAAUUCAGAAGUUGCGGAAGGAGAGCAGUAAUCAAGGAAUUAAAUCUGUGAAUAUUGAUAUGAAAAUGACGGAGUUAGAAAUUUUACAACAAAAGGUAGAAGUUGCCCUAGCUAGAAAAGCGUUUUAUGAGCAGAAUGUUCGGUUACAUGCUGAAGAUGGCCCCCAGGAAGCUAACAAUACUGCAAAACUGAAAACGCUUGAAAAUGAAUUUAGAGAAUUGUCUCAAAAAUUGUCAUCUGUUAGGAACCUUGGCAAUCCUAAUGCCAAGUGUAAAAGUGAGAAAGCUGAGGGACGACUGUUGGAUGUUAAUAAACCUUUGAUUUGUUUUGAGCCCUCCCAAUCAGGAGCAUCAGUCCCAUUACGCAGUUCUGUUUAUUAUCAAAAGGAAAAAUGUGCUGUUACUUCAGCUAUGGAGCUAAGGAGAAGCCUUCUCAGCAAUUGGAACACCUCUUCAUAACAAGUUUUCAUGUUCUUUCUCUGGAAUCAAUGUGAUUUAUCCACAAGUUCCACAUUUUCAAAGUUUGAUACGGUAUUUUUAGUGUUUUGAAAACAUUUAUGUCCUCUUCAUGUAUGUAUGAGUUGGUAGUAUCUGGUUACACAUUUAAACUGAAGUAGUCUGCGCUCAAGACAUAUAUUGCAGUAAAAAUAGUACAUAUGUACAAUAAAAUCCUUAGUAAGGUAAACAUCAUCACAUGAGCUGUCUUAUCUAUUCACAUAGUACGUACGGUAAUAUACUGUGCUUAUGAAUCUUUGAACAAGUGCCUUGUAAUUUAUUUAUGAAUGCUUGUAUUUUAUGAAGAAGUCCACAUGUAUUUGCAUAUUUAGAUGACGGUUUUUCCACACAGUACAGUAGGUUUUUGAUUGUAAAUACUGUAAAUAAUUGUUCAAUUUAAUAUCAUUAAAAAUGUACCAGUGUACCGGGUGUAACUUUGAAUGCGCAGCAGUGUUGCGGGAUUGCAUACCCGCCAGGGCUUCAGGGGCCAUGGCGCCUUACGGGUGAAUUAGGUAGGCAAACCCGCAGCACUGCUGCGCAUUCACAGUUACACCCGGUACAGUAAUUCUGAUGACACUCUGCAGAUACAUAAUAUUCUUCCGGUUUGAGACUAAUUGUCAAUCUCUUCUGUCUCUUUAAAAAUGCUUCUAUCGCCAUUCCAAAAGUAUGUACUCUGAAACAUGAUCAUAGCCACAGUUCAAGGCAGCCAUUAACUUCAGUUCAUGAUCUCUCUAAAAUGUGCCUGUGUUAUCAAAAAGUGGCAUUAUGUUCCCAUAAUCAAAGUAACUGGCAGUUAGUCUGAUCUUACGCUAGGAGGACAAGUUUGUCACAUUUCAACAUCUGUCUAUUCUGAAAUUAGUAAUUUUAUAAGUGAAGAUUUUCUCCUCAAGACAUAAUAUCCUGUUAUUUUUAAUCUAUUUUUAAAUGAAAAUUUUGUUCAAUUUGAGGAGAUACAUUUUACCUGCAGGUUAUACAUUUUCUGUAGCUUCUCAAUAUUUUUUCUAGAGAUGCUGGUUGCUGGUCCUUUAGAAAAUAAGACUGAAAAAUAUUCAAACCUUUAUAGGCAAAAUCAAAUUCUUCACAUAUUUUUUAUUGAUAAUGAUAUUGGACCAUAUCCAUUUUAGAUGGGGAAAUGUGUUAGUUAUUUAAUUCUUAAAGUAAGACCUUUUUAAAAAUUUUAUACAAUGAUGGGACGGUAAUAGUAAUAGAAACGCCAACCUAAAUUUGAAUGAUCUCAAGAGUUGAUGAAGUUGUCAUGAUUUGUGAUGAUGUUCUGAGCUCUAUAACUUGAUCUAUUGUACAAAUAUUGUUUCUUGUUCAAUCAAAAGGUAAAAUGUUUACACAUUUUAAUAUGUGAAUGAGUUUAUGUUGAGGAAGCAGAGUACAUCUAGUACCUUAAAUGAUUUGUGAUAUGAUGAAGGCUGUUGACAUGACAUAAAAAAUGCAGUUGAAAAGUGAAUAUUAUUUUUUCUCAUUGGUCAGCGUAAGAUUUAGAUUACUUAUCUUUAAUUCACUUUGCUUGUGAAUUUGUCAUGUAACAUCCCUUUAAGAUUGGUAAUGUGAACAAAAAAGUGUCCAUGAAAUAAUAAUUUUAGAAAAAAUUAUUCUUUAUCAUAUUGCAUGUCACAGAUGCAGAUGCUGCUGUUCGGGUAAUAAUUCUGGGGCACCUUAUAAAUACGGAGCAGAGUUAGGAGAAUAUGUCAGUCACGGUGGUGAAGUAAAAUUCUAACUAAGUCCAGACUCUGCCCUGCCAUUGUCCUCACAAUCUGAGAACAAAUUUAGAGCAUAUCUCAAAAUCUAUAUAACUCCAAUAAAAUAAAAAUACUGUAAUUCAUGUUGAUAA